CAGCUGUCCUCUCCACGUGAUUAGUCUGCACUGGGAAGUAUUUGACAUUGAGAGUUUGAACCUUCUGCAUCUUAUUUAAAUUCAGUAUGGUUUAGAUUUCCUAAAUUAUCACUUGUUCUACUGGUAGUGUUGUGUUUGCUUACUUUGCUUUCCUGUUCUGUUCUGAUAAAAGAGCGCGAUGGUGACGGCAGCUCGGCCAGCCUCUGUGGCACUGCUGUCACUUUUUGCGUUUGGUUUUGCAGACGCCAUUCGAACUUUGAGAGAUGGACCCAUGAUCGAUGCUGAAGGGAGGGAAUAUAAAACUGCUGCAUUUGGGUUUGACACAGAAAGUCAAAUCAGUGAACCACAAUUCAGUGAGGGAUCCACUAUCAGUGUACAAUGCACAGAAGUGUCCAUAGUCAUUGCGGUAAAGGCUGACUUCUUUAAAAAUGGACGCCUUUUGUCUCCAUGGGAUUUUUUUUUGGGAGAAGUCAAACAUUCACAGAGCAGUCAGUGUCGACCUGUUGCUGCUGGCGACUCUGAAUAUUUAUUUGAAGCUGGACUACAAGACUGUGGCUCCAAAGUGACUACAUCUAAGGACUCUGUGAUCUACUCAAACAAGCUGAUAAUCGUACUAGUCGCCGGCCAACAUGGCAUUAAAAGAACGACCCAUGCUGCUGUUCCUGUUUCCUGUCACUAUAAGAGGACAAAGUUUGAUGGAAGUCACUCUCAGCAGCCGCCCAUCUCUCUUCCUGCUGUGUAUUCAACAGGUGCUUUCUCUCUAAAGCUGAUGACCGGUAUGUGAGACCUAUUCAGUGUU